AUGCGGCCGCUGAGGGCCUUCCCGUUGCCCAUCAACGUGGGAACCGACAUCUGCCAGAUCAGUCGCAUCCGCCGCAUCCUCGAGGGGCCCCGUGCCGCCCGCUUCGUCGACCGCAUCCUGGGCCCCCACGAGAGGGCCGCCGCUGCUUCGCGCCUCCUACCGCUCAGGACAGGCCGCCUGGCCGGCUCCCCUGGGGCAAAGGGCGAUCGUAACUCCCAUGUACCACCGUCAGUCUCGGCAGUUCUGUCGGGAGGUUCACGUGAUGACGAGCUUUGGAAGACGGCGGCGUUCAUAGCUGGCAGGUUCGCUGCCAAGGAGGCCGCCAUCAAGGCACACUCACAUCGUAGACUCACAUUUCACGACAUAAUCAUUGAGAGACGAGGCCGCAACGAGGAGCGGCUGGGCAGCGGGCCCCCGGUGGCUCGGAUCAAGGGCGAGCCGGGGGACGACUGUGACUCGAGCGCCAUGAUUUCCAUCAGCCAUGAUGGGGAUUAUGCCACUGCCGUGUGCAUUGGGCAUGACCCCAGUGUCACUGUAGAGCCAGCACCAAGGAAACAAGGCUGA